UAAUAAUGACAUAUGGCUAUGUAGAACAAGACCUACUGUCUGUUAAUAAUGACAUAUGGCUAUGUAGAACAAGGCCUUAGUUUUAUUUUUCUUCCACCACCACAUUUAUUUGAUUGAUUGAACAUUCAGGCUGUCUUCUAGUAGGCCGUUCUGUACUCAACCUGUCUUCUAGUAGGCCGUUCUGUACUCAACCUGUCUUCUAGUAGGCCGUUCUGUACUCAACCUGUCUUCUAGUAGGCCGUUCUGUACUCAACCUGUCUUCUAGUAGGCCGUUCUGUACUCAACCUGUCUUCUAGUAGGCCGUUCUGUACUCAACCUGUCUUCUAGUAGGCCGUUCUGUACUCAACCUGUCUUCUAGUAGGCCGUUCUGUCCUCAACCUGUCUGUGUGUUCUCCCUACAGAUCUGAGGCCUUCAGCCAGGAGAGCUCUCCCAUGGAACAGGAAGUGAUGCACAUAUACUCCUCCUCCCCCCCUCCGCUGGACGACGAAUCAGGGGGAGAGGAGGACGAUGACGAGUUUGGGGAUUUCUCUGGGGGUGUGGCAAUGUCAUCCAACCAGCCGUGCCCCUCCACAACAGACCCCGCCUCCCCGACCCCAUCAGCUGUGAGCUUUAGUGUUAGUAACUCCUCCUCUUUCUCCGGAACUACCCAUAGCAACGGAAUCUCGAAACAGUUCCGAGCAGCAGACGACCUGAAGAAGCCAUGGGCGCCGGUGGUGGACCAAUCACAGUCCGCUAAUACUGGGACCUCAGAGGUCGGCAGGGUUCGGCCGGGGUUGGAGGUCAAAGGGCAGCCCUGUCAUUGCGACCUCCCUGACCUCCCUCUCACCAAUGGGUUUGUCAAGCGGAAUCACCAGGGGACCAUGUCUGCAGGUCUUGUACCAGCUGGCCUGGGCUCCCCCAGCCAGGAGCAGGGGUUUGCAGACUUCUCUGCGUUCGCCGAGCCAGAGAUGGAGCUGGAACCCUGGUGCUGCGGCUUCACUCACACUCACAGUACGGAGCACAGGAAGGACGGCAGGAUGGAGGAGACAAACCUAACCAACGGUUUCUGCAAUGCACACUCGGUCCAGAAGGACAUGGAGCAGCGGGCCAGAAUAGAGCCUGGCGGGCCUGACUCUCAAUGUUUAGCACAGCAAGAGGACAGGGACUGCACUGGAGUCCAGCAACACUGUGAGCUAAGGGGCCACCCUCAGGACUCUGGCCUCUUAGCCCCCAUAGAGGUGCUCUGUGCUAGGGGUGAGGGGCUGGGGGAGCCUGGAGAGAGGGCACCCAGCAUCAACAGGGAUAGCAUGCUUACACAGGACCCAGAACUGGGAGGGAGGAGGGUGGAGGAGGAGGAAGAUAAGGAGAGCGAAACAGAGGACAGUGUCUCUCCUCUCCCCACCACAGUCAGUGGGUCAGUGAGUGAGGAGUUUGCCUCCUCUGGUGAGGCUGUGUCGUCAGACGCUUUGGAGGAGUUUGGGAACUUUGGCGAGACGGUCUUCACUCCCUCGUCAAUAGGGGAGGAGGAGAAGGAGAAAGAGGAGGCGCAGCGGAGUGACCUCAGGGAGGAGACCGAGACAAAGAUGGUGGAGGAGGAAGAUGAAGAAGAGGACUUUGGAAUCUUCAGGGAUGCUGGAUCCUUCCCUAGCCAGGAGGACUUUGCUGACUUCAACCAAUCGGAGUCCAGGACACAGGAGGGCUUUGUUGACUUUGAACAGGACUAUUCUGAGGACCCAGGUCCGACCCAGGCAUGUGGGGAGGAGGUUGGACAUGGAGACCUUCCCCUCAGCGACAGCUUUGCAGACUUCCACUCUGCUCCCCUGGAGGGGCAGGGUGAGAGGGAGGAGGGCUGGGGGGCGUAUGGGGACCAGAGAGGUCUGUCGGAGGGGGAGACCUGGGCAGAGUUUGGAGAGGAGGAUAGAGCCAGGCGGACAGAAGAGGCAGAGGAGAAGAAGUGGGGAGAGAGAUGUCAGGGAGGUGCUGCUGUACGAAGGGACAGUCUGCAGGACUCCCUGUCUAUCCGGCUACAGAGAGUCCUACAGACCAGCUUCCCUGCAGUGGCAGUCCCAGAACUGGAUCAGGAGAGGGAGGAGACUGACGUGGAGGGGGAGGAGACUGCCGUGGAGGAGGAGGAGACUGCCGUGGAGGAGGAGGAGACUGCCGUGGAGGAGGAGGAGACUGCCGUGGAGGAGGAGGAGACGGGGGUGGAGGAGGAGGUGGAGGACAGUGGGGAUGAGGUGUUGAAUGUGCUCAGCCUCAGGGCUCUGCUAGAGACUCUAGACACACAGCCUGAGAAAGAGGAGACGAAGGGGCUCAACCACACUACACACUGGGUUCCUAGGGGCGCGUGGCGGCAGCCUCAGGACCUCCACGAUGCUGUGGGCCUGGGAUUCCAGUGGGGCGGUUCCCAUAGCAACAGGGCCCUGCUCCGCUGUCUGGGGAUGGACACCAGAAACAUGUUGUUCACUGGUCAGAGAAAGCAGCCUGUCAUAGUUCCUGUGUUUGCAGCCAGCCUGGGAAUGUUAGAGCCCACCAAAGAGCCACUGAGACCAGCUUCAACUGCGGAGAAGACUGCUGCCACAGCACAAGCACUUCCUGGGUCACAGGAAACCACCACCACCUCGUCAAUACAGCAGGGGGCCCCCCAGCCUUGGUCCCAGUUUGACUGGAGCAGCAGUGGCCUUGGCAUCAACCGUCAGGAUGAGCUAGACAGUGACACAAGCAGCCGUCCAGCUGACACCCUGAACCAUCUCAUGUCUACUAUGGAGAACACCACCACCUCCGCCAGGAAACCCCAUAGGGAUGAGGAGGACCAGCUGAGUGAGAAGGCAGCCAGGGUGAUCUGUGGGCUGGCUGACCUGUCCUUCAUGAAGGCUAAGGUCCUAAUGUUCCCCAUCACCCUCACACCAGCCCCUGGCUCUGGUACACUGCUAGAGUGAUGCACACAUACACAUGGACAUACACAUACCCAGUUCCUAGUUGGCCUACUUCUUCAUUGCACAAAGGAAUAACCUCAACCAAAUUCCAAAGACUGGUGACAUCCAGUGGAAGCGGUAGGACCUGAAAACCAGUUCCUGAGAAAUAUUGUUUGCCAACGAGAACUCACUGAACAGAGACCUAAAAAA